AUGCAUAAACUGAUACUUUGCUGUCUCAUCAUCAUCAGCUUCUCCUGUCCUCUCUUGUCUCUCCCCAUCAUCAAUGCCAGUGAGAUGUCUUAUCAACACUCAGCUGAUGAAGAUUCGAGGUUAAACCUGGAGAGGUUGGGCAGCCUGGGAAGCUCCUCCCUGCUCCAGCUCCUGCCAGAGCUCCUGGGGACACUGACUGAGGACAGCAAAGCAGGUCUUACUCCCAGCAACUACAACCCAGGGGAAAAUAUCAAAGAGACUUUCUACGGGAACCAUCCUCGAAAUGCUCUCCUGGGCCGCCUCUUGACCAAGGACAGGAAACAGUACAAGAAACGUGGGAAUCUUUCUGAGUGCUUCUGGAAAUAUUGUGUGUAA